AUGGCAUCGCUGAAAGCAGCUGAUCUGAACCACCCAGCGUCUGAAGCCUCCUCCGCGUCUCUCGAUUCCGCCGCCUUAGCCUUCGCCCUCGAUUCCAACGCUUUAAACUCUCUCAACUCCGCGACUGCUCCUCCCUAUUACAGUCCCGGUUCCGAGGGUUUCCAAGCAAGCCUCCUGUCGCCCGGGUUUGGCGGCUCGAACGACGACGAGGAUUCGCUCCUUAAUCGACUCGGUUUCUCAGGUUCCCCCACUUCCCCUCCAUACCCCAACGCUGCGGAUGGUUUAGGAGGGGCAGUGGGGGCAGCAGGGGGCGGGGCAGGGGACGGGAGAGAAAGAGGAGCAGCGGGGGAAACGUGGGGGGAAGCGUCGGGGGGGGCUUCAGUGUUGGGAGGCGCGGGGGCAUGGGCGGGCGAAGGUGGCAGCGGCGGCGGCGGCGGCGGCGGCGGAGGGGCGUCGUUCGCGGGGCUGCAGCGCGCGGGCAUGCUGUCGCGCGAGCAGCUCAUGGCGUUCUUCCGCGCAUUCACCGCGCUGCUCGACUCCAAAGAGGCACGGGCACAGAUCAAGAGCAGCGUGCAGGAGGGCAAGUCGGCAUCCUCGGUUACUCGUCUCUUGAGGGAGCAGGUUCUGCUCGACAUGGGCAUAGAGCCGCAGUUUGGCAUGACGUGUCUGCGGGCCGUGCCGCUAGACUACAGAGAGGACCGCGACAUGGUGCUGCGCAUCUGCCACAUGCACGCCAGGGAAGAGGCGGCGUGUGACGAGGCGGAGUUGACACCGCUGGCACUGGCACAGAAGAAGAUGCAGACGCAGCUCAUGCAGCAACACCAACUGACGGUGCUGCAGCAUGUGCGCAUGUUGCCUGUGGAUGAGCAGAGGGCGUUCCUGCAGUCGGUGCAGGGCAGUGUGCAGCAGGCACAGGAGCAGCGCGCACAGGGGAAGGAGAGGCCUCUGAACCCGCGUCUUCCCCUCGGCGCAACCCUCAACCUCCUCCUACUGAUCCUUCCCCCACAUCCCCCGAAGAUCUCCCCGCCCCUCCUCCUCCUCCGCCUCCGCCCCCCGUAUCCCGCUCUCUGCGCGCGAUCCUCCUCCCCCUCGCUCUUGCCGCAUGUAGACGACACGGAGCCGCUGUUCGCGGAGGCGGCGCGGCAGAUGGCGCUCACGGGGGACUGGGUCACGCCGCAGUUCAACGCGCAUCCGCGCUUCGACAAGCCGCCCCUCUCGUACUGGCUCACGGGCGCCGCGCUGAAGAGUCUGGGCGGCGGCGCGUUGCUGGGCGGAGCAGGGGGAGCGGGAGGGGGAGUGGCAGGAGCGGAAGCAGCAGCGGCAGCGGCGGCGGCAGCAGAAGUAGCGGCGUUGCGUGUUCCUUCGGCUCUCUGCCUCUCCUUCACCCUCGCCCUCCUCUCCCUCACCGCCCUCCGCUUCGGCCUCCCCCAACCCCACACUCAUCCGCAUUCCCCUCCCCAGAAGCAGCAACAGGAGCAAGAAUCACCCUUUCAAAAGCCACCCUCUCCCCGUCCUCUCCACUGGGCAGCAGCAUUCACCAUCGCGCCCAUAUUCGCGCUCUCCCUGGGCCCCUUCCUGUGGGGCUCUGUGGCCGUCUCAGACGCGCCGUUCCUCGCCACCACCGCCACUGCCAACCUCGCAUUCUUCUGGGCCUAUGCCUCUCACCACCCUCAUCACCCUCACGACCCUCAUCACAGCCCUCACAACCCCCCAUCCCACCACCCUUCUCACCGCUCCUCCCAUGACGUCACCCCCCCCCAUUCUCCCCCCCGCUCCUUCCUAAGCCCCGCGCUCUACCUCCUCUCCGCACUCUCUCUCGCAGCAGCCUGCCUCACCAAGGGUCCCUUGGGCGCCCUCCUCCCCUGCCUCGUCCUCUCGCUCUUCCUCACUCUCUCCGGAACCUUCUCCCUCCGCUCCCCCUUCGCCCUCCUCUCCUCCCUCCGUUCUUUCCUCCUCUUCGAGCUUCCCUUCUUCCCCUGCGCUCUCCUUUUUCUUCUCACCGCGCUUCCGUGGUUUCUUGCGAUGGGAAAGCGGCACGGGAGCAUGUAUCUGAGCACGUUCUUUGGGUACCACCACUGGGAGAGAUUCGCUAAGGGCGUGAACCACCACGGGAACAGGCCAGUUCUGUACCCGUUAUUAGCCUGCCUGCUGCUGUAUUUUCCAUGGUCCCUGCUGUUCCCCCCUGCCUUCCUUCGCACGGCCACUGCUGCUGCUCGAGCAGUCAUGGAUCGAUAUGGAUGGAGGGGAGUGGCAGAACAACACAGAGAGACCGGAAUGAGGGGGAAGGUGAUUGGUGGGGGGAUGAGGAGUGAAGAAGCAGGGGAGGAGGCAAGACAGGAGACCAUACAGGGAAGAACACAGGGGGACAAGGAGAGGGGCCGGGAGGAGAGGGGAAUGGAGAGAGGCCGGGAGGAGAGGGGAAUGGAGAGAGGCCGGGAGGAGAGGGGAAUGGAGAGAGGCCGGGAGGAGAGGGGGAAUAAUUUGGUGCUACUGGGACUGGCGUGGGUGCUGGCUGGCUUUGGCUUGCUCGCUCUCUCUCGCUCUCAGCUCCCCUCCUACUACCUUCCCAUGGCGCCAGCCUCUGUCUUCUCGCUCCUCUCUCUCGCCUUGGCACUCCUGCCCUUGCUGCUGCAGCAGCCCAUGAUAGGGGACCCCAAAGCAGCGGCUAUAGUAGCAGCGAUUAUAAGGGAUGGGCUGCAUUGGCACGCUUCUGUGCUCUUUGCUGCUGCUGCCACUGCCUGCACUGCUGUUGCUGCUCUCGCUGCUGCUACCGGCAAAGUCUCCUCCCCCCUGGCCUCCCCCUCCUCCUCAUCCCCUCCCUCCCGUUCCUCCCCCUCCUCCUCUCCCUCCUUCUCCCCCUCUCCCUCCUCUCCCCACUCCCCCUCCCCCAACUUACCCCGCUUGCUCCACCUCUCACCCAUCUCCCCGCUGCUCUUCAUCCACGCAGCCUUGGUCCUCCUCCUGCUGCCACUCUUCCUCCGCCCCUCUCUCCUCAUAGCAGACUCUGUCCUGCAGCGGCCCUCCAGGGACCUCGCUCUCACUGCUGCUGCCUCCCUGCAGCCCCCUUCACAGCAGCACGCACACAGCGUGCUCGAGGGGCUUGCUGCUAGGGUCAGAGCACAGCGCGAGAAGACCGGGGAGGGCAGUGGGUUGAAGAAUGGAAAGGGGAUCGGAGAGAGGAGUGGGGAGGGGAGUCGUGAGGGGAGUGGGGAGAGCAGGGGAGUGGAGGGAGGAAGGGUGGAGUCAGUUUUGGUGCUGGCAGAAGAGCACCAUGUGAAGGCCUUGCUCGCCUUGCCAUCCUAUCAGGGCACCAUUGUUGCACGCCAACCCGGUUACGCCUUGCUUCGCCUCCGCAUUCGCUCUCACUCUCGCAGUGACGUUUGA